CGCCAACUUCUCUGGAUGGGGCUAGAAGUUUCUAGCCGGCCAGUUGCUGCCUCCCUUUAUCUCCUCCUUCCCCUUUGGCAGCGCGGAGGCUAUUUCCAGACACUUCCACCCCUCUCCGGCCACGUCACCCCCUCCUUUAAUUCAUAAAGGUGCCCUGCGCCGGCCUCCCGGACACGUCGGCGGCGCGCAGGACUCCGCUCCUCCCGCCGCGCAGCGGUGCCCGCACCCGAGACCCGAGACCCCCCGCCUGCGCCCCGGCCGCCCCGGGCGGACCCCACCCAGCAUGAGCGCUGCCACCCACUCCCCGAUGGUGCAGAUGGCGUCCGGCGCUGGCGCCGGCGACCGCGACCCCCUGCCCCCGGGCUGGGAAAUCAAGAUCGACCCGCAGACCGGCUGGCCCUUCUUCGUGGACCACAACAGCCGCACCACGACGUGGAACGACCCGCGCGUGCCCCCCGAGGGCCCCAAGGAAACUCCAUCCUCUGCCAACGGCCCCUCCCGCGAUGGCUCCAGGCCUCUGCCCACUAGGGAAGGCCAGGCUGUGUACCCCCAGCUCCGACCAGGCUACAUUCCCAUUCCUGUCCUCCACGAAGGCUCUGAGCACCGGCAGCCACACACUUUCCAUGCCUAUCCCCAGCCUGGGGUGCAGCGAUUCCGAACCGAGGCAGCUGCGGCUGCCCCUCAGAGGUCCCAGUCACCUCUGCGCAGCAUGGCAGAAGCCGUCCAGCCAGACAAGCAGUGUGGACAGGGCGCGGCGGCUACCUCUGCUCAGCCCCCCGCCUCUCAUGGACCUGAGAGGUCCCAGUCUCCAGCUGCCUCAGACUGCUCAUCGGCGUCCUCCUCGGCCAGCCUGCCCUCCUCCGGCAGGAGCAGCUUGGGGAGUCACCAGCUCCCCCGGGGCUAUAUCCCCAUCCCAGUGAUCCAUGAGCAGAACGCCGCCCGGCCGGCAGCCCAGCCCUUCCACCAAACCCAGAAGACCCACUACCCAGCUCCACAGGGUGAAUACCAGACUCACCAGCCUGUGUACCACAAGAUCCAGGGUGACGAGUGGGAGCCCCGGAGCCCGAGGGCGGCGUCCCCUUUCAGAUCGCCCGUCCGGGGCGUGUCCAGCAGGGAAGGCUCGCCAGCCAGAAGCAGCACACCCGUGCACUCCCCAUCACCCAUCCGUGUGCAAACGGUGGUGGACAGGACCCAGCAGCCUGUGGCCCAUCGAGAGUCUCCACCUGUGGCUCAACCUGAGAACAAACCAGAAAGCAAGCCAGGCCCCACUGCGCCAGACCUCCCUCCUGGACACGUCCCCAUUCAGGUGAUCCGCAAGGAGGCGGAGCCCAAGGCCGCGCCCCAGAAGCCACAGCCUCCUCCUGCUGAGAAGACCGAAGUAAAGGUCCCCUCGCCUCCCAUUCCUUGUCCUCCUCCCAGUCCCGCCCCACCAGCUGCUGUCCCUGCCUCUCCCAAGAACGUGGCUGCACCAGAGAGGGCAGCCCCCAGUCCUGCCCCUGCAGAAGCGACACCCCUCAAAGCAGGAGAGGCCGAGGCCCCCCCCAAGCAUCCAGGUGUGCUGAAAGUGGAAGCCAUCCUGGAGAAGGUGCAAGGGCUGGAGCAGGCGGUGGACAGCUUCGAAGGCAAGAAGACUGACAAGAAGUACCUGAUGAUUGAGGAGUAUCUGACCAAGGAGCUGCUGGCUCUGGAUUCCGUGGACCCUGAAGGACGAGCUGAUGUGCGCCAGGCCCGGAGAGAUGGGGUCAGGAAGGUUCAGACCAUCUUGGAAAAACUGGAGCAGAAAGCAAUCGAUGUCCCGGGUCAAAUCCAGGUCUAUGAACUCCAGCCCAGCAACCCUGAAACUGACCAGCCUCUGCAGGAAAUCAUAGGGAUGGGUGCUGUGGCAGCAGACAAAGGGAAGAAAAGUGACGGAAAUGAAGACCCCCAAGCUGAAACCCAGCAGCCAGAAGCUGCUGUAGCAGCAACAGCAGCAGCAGCAGCUCCAAAUCCAGGCAGCACAGUGGACUCAGCUGGCACCGAAUGAAGUACAGACCAGGGGCAGGGACUGCUGAUGUGCUCUAGGGGUUUUAGAUUGCAUGCAUUUCAGGGGCUGUCAGUCAGUUUUUGUUCAUAGCCACUUGGUACGCAGUAACUUGGGUGGAGGCAAAGCACUAAUAAAAGGGCUGAAAGGAAAGUGAUGCUUUGCUUCUGUAUUCUUCCUCUGUAUAAAUAAAGCAGUUGCUUCAGAAGUUUAACCCAUUGCUUGUGUGGGGCCCUGUAUGGGCAUGGGCACAGAAUGUUAGCCGUGCCUGUGAGCUGUCUUCUUGUAGCUCUGGGACUGAAGGAGUCUUGAAGGGGGUACACAGGGAGUUGAUUUCUCACCACGGAAAUAUGAAACCCAUUUUUCAGAAAUGUUGUCAUUUUAAUGGGAUGAUUUUCAUCUCAUUCAAAUACCUAACCUUAGAUAGAAAAGAAUGUGUAAGGAGCCAUAGGAAUAUCUGUAUGUUGAAUGACUUUAAUGUUACAUUUGGGGGAAAAAAGGAAUAAUAAAGUAGUUAUAUAACU